AACUAUUAGAACGUGUGUACAAAUAAAUACAUAUCCUGAAACCCUCCACUUACUUUUCAGUUCAUUUCUUCGAUUUCACACCCUUUCUACUCUACCCUAAUUAGGGUUUGAAAUGUUGUAAAAAUAAUGGAGGUCUCUGAACCAAUUCCUGUACCAAAUCUUUGUAAUGAUAACACAAACCCUCAAUUAGGGUUACCAUCUUCUCCUACUAAAUCUGAUCUCGAUCCUUCACCCUCUGAUCUUGAUCACACGCCAGAGCUCGUGGAAGAGUGUCAGAAGCUGGAGAAUCUGGAUUUGGGAGAGGCCGAAGAGAAGAGUUCAAAUAAAGAAGAAGAGGAGGAAGAAGGGAGCGACAGUGAUGAUAAUAAUAAGAAUAUAAGUGAAGUUGAGAAUGGGAAUGAGAACGACAACGAGAAUGAGAAUGGAAAUCAAAUGAUAAAAAAGUACCCAUACCCAGUUAGACCAGAUGCAGAAGAUUGCCCGUAUUAUAUGAAGAAUGGAAGUUGCAAAUUUGGAUCUAAUUGCAAGUUUAAUCAUCCUGCUCGUACAAAAAACCAGGGUGCUAAAGAGAAGGUGAAGGAAAGGGAAGAGUUAAUGGAGAAGCCAGGACAGAGCCAGAUAGAAUGCAAGUAUUACCUGAAGACAGGAGGUUGUAAGUUUGGGAAGGCAUGCAGAUACAGUCACACAAGAGCAAAAUCACCGGUCAUCCCAAUUUUAGAGCUCAAUUUUCUGGGUCUGCCUAUUCGGCCGGGCGAGAAGGAGUGCCCCUAUUACAUGCGUAAUGGCUCCUGCAAGUAUGGAUCUAAUUGCAGAUUUAACCAUCCUGAUCCCACAGCUGUAGGUGGUUCUGACUCUCCUUCAGGAUAUGGUAAUGGUGGAUCCGUCUCUUCUCAAGCUGCAUCACAAACAAGUGUAGGAUCCUGGUCAUCUCCAAGGGCUUUAAAUGAGACUGCACCCUUUCUGCAAUUGAUGUAUCCACCAAGCCAAGUGGCUGCAUCACAAAAGGCUGAAUGGAAUGGGUAUCAGGGUCCUCUAUAUCCACCAGAAAGGAGUAUAAAUCCAACCCCACCAUAUGCCAUGAAACCCCCAGUGAUUGAAACAAAUGUGUAUACACAUCAACAGCAACAGCAACAUAUGCUAGUUGAUGAAUUCCCGGAACGACCUGGCCAACCUGAUUGCAGUUUCUUCCUAAAAACUGGGGACUGUAAGUUUAAAUCUAACUGCAAAUAUCAUCAUCCAAAGAAUCGUAUCUCAAAGUCGCAGCCAUGUGCUCUCAGCGAUAAGGGUUUACCACUAAGACCUGAUCAAAAUAUCUGUUCGCAUUACAGCCGCUAUGGCAUUUGCAAGUUUGGGCCUGCUUGUAAAUUUGACCAUCCAGUACAGCCGGCUGCUUCUCCGACUGAAUCUGGACUCGAUUCCCUUCCUCACUUUGGCAAUUCUGCAAUGGUGGAAGAGACAGGAGUGGCUGGAAAUGGAAGUGAUAAUUAAAUUAUCAGCCAGUGUAAAAAAUUUUGCUUCAAGGGCUCUCUAGUGUUUAGGAUUCACACCUUUGAGGAUUUUAGUUCUCUUUGACAUGGAAAAUUCUGAUUAACCAUUUUUAGUUAAGUUGCCACAUGCUUUUCAGAGGGUGGCUCUAGGUAUAUUUAUAUCAUGUUGUGUUACUACAAAGCCAAAGCGAGUCAGGAUACAGAAAUUGUCUCUAUUUCUCUUGUUUUCUGUUGAAUAUGUCUC